AUGAUGCUCCGAACCCGCCACGCCGCUCGCGCCCUUAAGGCCGUCUCAAGAGCGAGCGCUCCCCGUAACCUCACCACCUCCUCUGCCGUCGCCGCCAUUCAGGCCACCAAGAAGGUCCCUUCCGGCGUGAGGACGCAGGCUACCUCUGCCACCUCGCCCGCUCCUGAGGUUCGAGACACGCCCGCACCCGCCUUCAACGCCGACAAGAGCCAUGUUCAACCUCUUCAGCGCUCUACCGGCCCGGAGAUGGACGAGUCGUUCAUUGGCAAGACUGGAGGAGAAAUCUUCCACGAGAUGAUGUUGAGACAGGGCGUGAAGCACAUCUUUGGAUACCCCGGCGGUGCCAUUCUCCCCGUUUUCGACGCUAUCUACAACUCAAAACACUUCGACUUCAUUCUCCCCAAGCACGAGCAGGGCGCCGGCCACAUGGCUGAGGGCUACGCCCGCGCCUCGGGCAAGUGCGGUGUCGUCCUCGUCACCUCCGGCCCUGGUGCGACGAACGUCAUUACCCCCAUGCAGGAUGCCCUCUCCGAUGGCACCCCCAUGGUUGUCUUCUGCGGUCAGGUCGUCACCUCCGCCAUUGGCAGUGAUGCUUUCCAGGAGGCUGAUGUCACUGGUAUCUCUCGUGCCUGCACAAAGUGGAACGUCAUGGUCAAGAACAUUGCCGAGCUCCCCCGCCGUAUCAACGAAGCUUUCGAGAUCGCCACCAGCGGUCGCCCCGGUCCCGUCUUGGUCGAUCUUCCCAAGGACGUCACUGCCGGUGUCCUGAGGAGAGCUAUCCCCACCGAAACCUCACUGCCUUCCCUCCCGAGCGCCGCCUCAAGAGCCGCCAUGGCCCUGCUCCAGAAGCAGCUUGAGCAGUCCAUCAAGCGCGUUGCCGACCUCGUCAACAUCGCCAAGAAGCCCAUCAUUUACGCCGGUCAGGGUAUUGCCCAGUCUGAGGGUGGCCCCGAGAUCCUCAAGGAGCUUGCCGACAAGUUCUCCAUCCCCGUCACCACCACCCUUCAUGGCCUCGGCUCCUUCGACGAGCUUGACGAGAAGUCCCUUCACAUGCUCGGUAUGCACGGUUCCGCCUACGCCAACAUGGCUAUUCAGCAGGCCGAUCUUAUCAUCGCCCUCGGUGCCCGUUUCGACGACCGUGUCACCCUCAACGUCGCCAAGUUUGCGCCUGGUGCCAAGGCUGCCGCUGCCGAGGGCCGCGGUGGUAUCGUCCACUUCGAGAUCAUGCCCAAGAACAUCAACAAGGUUGUCCAGGCCACCGAGGCUGUCGAGGGUGACGUCGCCACUAACCUUCGCACUUUGAUCCCCCACUUGAAGCCCAAGACCAUGGAGGACCGCAAGGAAUGGUUCGACAAGAUCAGGGAGUGGAAGGCAAAGUGGCCCAUGUCCGACUACGAGAAGGCCGAGCGCUCCGGCCUCAUCAAGCCCCAGACUCUCAUUGAGGAGCUCAGCAACCUGACCGCCGACCGCAAGGAGACGACCAUCAUCGCUACCGGUGUCGGUCAGCACCAGAUGUGGACCGCUCAGCACUUCCGCUGGAGACACCCCAGAACCAUGGUUACCUCUGGUGGCCUGGGUACCAUGGGAUACGGUCUCCCCGCCGCCAUUGGUGCCAAGGUCGCCAAGCCCGACGCUCUCGUUAUCGACAUUGACGGCGACGCCUCCUUCAACAUGACCCUCACCGAGCUUUCCACCGCUGCGCAGUUCAACAUUGGCGUCAAGGUCAUUGUCCUGAACAACGAGGAGCAGGGUAUGGUUACGCAAUGGCAGAACCUCUUCUACGAGGACCGUUACGCCCACACCCACCAGCAGAACCCCGACUUCAUGAAGCUGGCUGAUGCCAUGGGUGUCCAGCACCGCAGAGUGAGCAAGCCUGAUGAGGUUGUCGACGCUCUCAAGUGGCUCAUCAACUCCGACGGCCCCGCCUUCCUUGAGGUCGUCACCGACAAGAAGGUGCCUGUCCUGCCGAUGGUGCCCUCUGGAUCAGCUCUCCACGAGUUCCUGACAUGGGACGGAGAAAAGGAUAAGAAGCGCCGCGAGCUGAUGCGCGAGAGAACGCGUGGUCUCCACGGCUGA